UUGAAUCAAAAUCUCGAAAUUGGGCUUCAACGACCCGAUCCCCACUCAUUUUCCGGCAAAAUACCGAUCAGUCGGUCCCGGAAAAUUUCUUCUCGCCUCCAUGCUUUCCGACUGCUUUUUCUUCAAUUUCUACCGGAGUAUUUCAUUGAUUCCGAAGAUUUUCAAUCCGCUCAGUCGGAAUUCUCGUUUGUUAAUCUAGUUGGAGCCUUAAAUUUCGUCGGUUUGAUUAUCUAACAUGAGCCACUCAGAGAUUCGUAGAGCAUCUGAAAAGCCGAAUCUAGAUUGGGAAGCAGCGCUGAAGCAGUAUGAAAACGUUAUGGCUACAGAAUCCGAGGCUGUUAAAGUGAAAGCCACAAUCAAAUUGGCUAGUCUCUCCAAUGAUGCCCCGCAUAAUAUUUUGAACAGCACCAUACCCAUUAUUGCGAAGCAUCUUGAAGUUAACCCCAUCAGUAAUUCAAGCCAGUCUAUGAGAGGAGCUGCUGCAUAUUGUCUAAAACGUAUAUCUCGUCAAGGUGAUGGUACGUUAGCGACGGCGAUAGCUCAUUCCGGCGCUUUAGAGUCUAUAUUGAGAUCAUUGCCAGACACUAGUGGUGGUUUUCGUAAGAUUCUAGUUAAAUGUAUUUGGAGUAUUGUUACUUGUGAUAAACAUAGUCGUGUGAUUGUAGCAAGAAAUGGGGGUUUGGAAGUAGUUAUUGGUAUGUUUGAUUCUGUAGUUGAUGGCACUAGGAGAUAUUUACUGGAGAUUUUGAGUGCAUUGGCCCUAGUUAGAGAGGUUAGAAAAGCCCUUAUUAGCUUAAGAGGCCUCCCUUUUCUUGUGCAAGCUGCUAGAUAUGGCUGCAUGGCUUCUAGAGAAAGAGCUUGUCAAGCAAUUGGGUUAAUUGCAAUUACAAGGCGUGGAAGACAUAUGCUUGUUGAGUUGGGAGUGAUUCCAGUACUUAUUGAACUAUUUUGUGAAGGAGAUUAUGUGACAAAACUAGUAGCUGGGAAUUCCCUUGGAAUAGUUUCAGCUCACGUAGCUUAUAUUAGGCCUGUUGCACAAGCUGGGGCUAUCCCUUUAUUUGCUGAUCUUCUUCAGUGGCCUGACCCUAUUGCUAAGGAGAUUGCGGAAGACGUUUUCUGUCUCUUAGCUGUUGCCGAAGCGAAUGCGGUUCUAAUUUUUGAUCAUCUAGUGAGAAUUCUUAAAGAAGGUGAUGAUGAAGGAAAGGCUGCAGCUGCCGACGUCUUGUGGGAUCUUUCAAGCUAUAAGUACUCCAUACCGAUUGUGCAAAGUUCGGGUGCUAUUCCAGUUUUGGUGGAUCUAUUACACGAUGGGAAUGGUGAAGUGAGGGAAAAAGUCUCUGGAGCUGUAGCUCAAUUAAGUUAUAGUGAGGCAGAUAGGAUUGCGCUUGCUGAUGCAGGGGCAAUCCAUGGAUUAAUAGAGCUAUUGCAAGAUGAGUUAGAUGAAGUGAAGGAUAAUGCUGCUGAGGCCCUUAUAAAUUUUUCUGAAGACGCCUUAUACUGCAAUAGAGUAUCUGAAGCAAUCAGCAAUCCUGCUUUCCAGAAUUUGCUGGAAAGAAUGACCCAUAUUCGUGCUACUGAAAGGCACGGCGUGAGGUCUCUGCGUCAAAUGGGAAUCAACCAACUUACAGGGGAUCCAGAUCUUCUAUAACUUUUUUCAGUGUUCAACAAUGGCUGGUGAGGGAAUGAUCCAUCAACUGUUGCAAUGAUAAUUGGUGCCUAGAGUUAUGCUCAAAUUAGCCUAUCCAUUCUAAUUUUGGAAAUAUGUUUUAUUUUCUUUUGGAUAUUCCUAUAACGACUCGUUAGAAUGCAGCUAGUGUAAUUAUUGAACUUGAUCCCUUUUGGUGGUGCCAUUUUCUGUUAGUUACAUUAUUUUCUAUUAGAAUUGUAAUGUCUCUCUCUCUCUCUGCGGAAAACUUCCAUAAUUGAGAGAGUUGGGACCUGGCGUCUCUUUCAUAAGUCAUUCAUGCUGUGAUCCUAAGUCAUUGGAGUGAGGAAAAGAGGCUUUAGGUAUUGUACUCUUUUGAUGUUUAUAUGUGCAGCUUCUUUUUCUCUACCUCAA